AUUAGAUUAAAUCCUUUCAACCUUUGCUUGCCCUUUGGGUUUUUUAUAUCCUCCCUUUCCGAUAGCGACUCUCCUGAUUCAAGUUCCUUCCGAGAAAUCAAAGAGAAGAGAGCAAAAAAAAAGAUGAAAGUUUUCGUGAAGACUCUCAAAGGAUCCCACUUCGAAAUCGAAGUGAAACCAGAAGAUACGAUUGCUGAUGUCAAGAAGAACAUAGAGACUGUUCAAGGAUCAGAUGUUUAUCCUGCUGCCAAACUGAUGCUUAUCCACCAGGGAAAAGUUCUUAAAGAUGGAACUACUCUGGAGGAGAAUAAAGUUGCUGAAAACAGUUUCGUUGUUGUCAUGAUGUCAAAGAGUAAGACUUCGUCUGGAGAAGGUUCAGCAUCAGCUACACCAACAACCAGGGAAACACAACCUAGCAACCCACCUGCUAGCUCAACUCCAGCUCCUACAACAGUAGCAUCAGGAGAUGUUUAUGGUCAGGCAGCUUCUAGUUUGGUCGCAGGCAGCACCCUUGAUGUAGCAAUUCAACAGAUUCUUGACAUGGGCGGGGGAACCUGGGAAAGGGACACUGUUGUUCGGGCCCUGCGUGCUGCUUAUAACAACCCUGAGAGGGCUGUUGAAUAUUUAUAUUCUGGUAUUCCCGAGACAGCUGAAGUCCCUCCUUCUGGAGGUGGUAGCCUACCACCUGCAGAGCAAGCUGCAAACCAGCCUGCUCAACCUCAGCAAGCAACCCAACCUGUGAUUGCUCCCUCAAGUGGACCAAAUGCAAAUCCUCUAGAUUUAUUUCCACAGGGUUUUCCAGGCAUGGGUGCCAAUGCAGGAGGUGCACAGUCCUUGGAUUUUUUACGAAAUAGCCAGCAGUUUCAAGCCUUGAGAACAAUGGUUCAAGCCAAUCCACAAAUCUUGCAGCCCAUGCUUCAGGAGCUUGGAAAACAGAAUCCUCAAUUAAUGAGGCUUAUACAGGAGCACCAGGCAGAUUUUCUUCGCAUCCUCAAUGAACCAGCUGAAGGAGGAGAAGGCAACGUACUUGGGCAGCUUGCAGCUGCAAUGCCUCAGCCUAUACAAGUAACACCUGAAGAGCGCGAAGCAAUAGAACGUCUUGAAGGGAUGGGGUUUGAUCGGGCGCUUGUGCUGCAAGUGUUCUUCGCGUGCAACAAGAACGAAGAGUUGGCUGCAAACUAUCUGUUAGAUCACAUGCAUGAGUUUGAGUGAUUAUUACUAUGGGGAAAUGGGGAGUUUUUAUAGCUAUAUAAUAAUUCUCUUCUAUCUUCUUCUGUGAACUGUGACUACAAGGGAUUUCAUGUUCUUGGUGUCUUUUGUGUGUCUAAUCACAACUCUCUUAUAAUUAUAU